AUGGACAACAAGGAUGAGGAUGAUAAAGACAAUGGGAGUGACCAAACAAACACAAAAGACAUCCUGAGUAAUACGUCCAACAGUGGACCAGACGAAGUGGACAAAGACAGAUCCAUCAGGACCAGUUUAUUUUGUGCUGACAUUCAAGAAAAUGAGGAAGACUUGUCAGAUUCUGAAGGGAACAUGCUUGAUUCUGAAGAUGAAAAUUAUGUGGACAGAGAAGACUUGAUGGAGGGCAGUACUAGUGGAGAAAACACAUCUGAAUUAUCACUGGGAAAUGAAGAUAUAGCCGUCACUGGUGACAAGCCCUUGUAUCCUGGUGCACCUAUUUCAAAAGGAGAAAGUGUAUUAAUGCUGAUGUCCUAUCUGUUACGGCACAAUUUAACAGGCAAAGCACUUACUCAUUUACUGGAAAUGUUUAACACAAUGUUUCCAGGUCUGAUCCCAUCUUCACAUUACCUUUUCCACAAAGAUUUUGGAAGUUCAUCUAAAUUUGAAGUUCACUUUUAUUGUGAAAGUUGUUUAAAAUACCUAGGCGUCAGAGGAGACUGUCCCUCUCAGUGUGACACUUGCAAUACAGAAUUUGAUGCCAAUGCAAACCUUAAGAAUGGAUUCUAUUUUCUUGUGUUGCCCCUGUAUGCACAGAUUCAGCAGCUUUUGCAAGAAUAUGGUGUCAAUCUUAAUGAAAAAACUAGAACCUGUGGGGUUCUCUCUGACAUACAGUCUGGUGAAGAGUAUCAAAUGUUAUGUGACAGUGGAGUUCUUGGAAAAGAUGAUUUGACGCUAAUUUGGAAUUGUGAUGGUGCACCAGUGUUCAAAAGUUCUAAAUGCAGCAUUUGGCCAAUUCAGAGUCAGGUAAUUGAACUGGAACCAGAAUUGAGAAAAAGUCACAAUUUGAUGUCAGCGUUAUGGUUUGGGCCAAGUAAACCAUCCAUGCUAACAUUACUAACACCAUUUGUUAAAGAAGCCUUAUCAUUAGAGACUGAAGGUAUUGACUGGCAAGACACACAGGGAAACCGGCAUGUUUCUAAAGUGUUUGUGGUGGUUUGUAGCUCUGAUUCAAUGGCUCGUCCAAUGCUUCGUAACACAAAGCAAUUUAAUGGUUUUUAUGGUUGUGACUUCUGUUAUCACAAAGGUGGUAAAUCCUAUCCAUACGAUCAACCUGAACCCGCACUUCGAAAUGAAAGAGAUCAUUUCAGUCAUGCAAUGUCAGCUUCAGAUAAUGAGCCAGUAUUUGGAGUCAAAGGGCCAUCUCCUUUAAUGAAGCUUAGUCAUUUCCAAAUGAUAAAUGGUUUCAUUCCUGAAUAUCAACACAACGUGUGCCUUGGAGUCACUCGGCAACUGUCCACAUUGUGGUUUGAUACAGCAAACAGUGAAGCCCCCUGGUACGUUGGCAAACAGACGGAAGAGGUUGAUAUGCGACUUUUAAAAAUAAAACCUCCUGUUGAGAUAACUAGGACACCAAGAUCAGUGAAUGAAAGGAAGUUCUGGAAAGCUUCAGAAUGGCGAGCAUUUCUCCUAUUCUAUGCUCUCCCUGUACUGAAAGGAAUACUCCCUGCCAGAUUUUGGAAUCAUUUGUUUUUAUUGGUGUUUGGUAUAUAUACAUUACUCCAGGAUAAGAUCAAGACUAGAAGCGUAUUGUUGUCAGAUCUGGCUCUUAAAAAAUUUGUAAUAGAAUUUCAAAGAAUAUAUGGGAAAGACCACAUGACUUUUAACAUACACUUGCUCACACAUAUCGCACAAAGUGUGAAACAGUGGGGACCAUUAUGGGCUACGUCAGCCUUUCCAUUUGAAUCCAAUAUGGGUACUCUAUUAAAGUAUUUUAAUGGAACACAGAAUGUCCCUUCACAAAUAGUUAGAAAAUUUAUGUUGUGGAAAGAAUUGCCAGAAAAGGCUAAACAUACGAGUGCAAAGGUCCAGUCAUUUGUUAAAGAACUUUAUUUUAAUAAGCGAAGAACAGAUAAAUGUGAAAAAUUAAAUGAUAGUGUCCAGGUUUUUGGGCAUCCCCCAUUUCAGGAAAACGACACAACUUCUUCCAGGUUUGCGAUUUCUAAGUUAUGUGGGAAUCUAAGUAACUGCUUCUGGUCUUACAGCCGUUUCUUGGUUAAUGGAGUUCUGUAUCACACUCAAAAAUAUGAUCGACUGAAGAAAAGAUAUAACAGUGCUGCAUACUUGAAAGAUGGUACAUUCUGUUUAAUUAAUGACUUAGUCAUUUUUAAACAAAUGUGCGCCCAUCAAAGCCCUGCAUAUUGUGCAUGUACCAAACAUUGCUGUGCUUUAGUUGAGGUACUUGUUAAAUCUAGCAGGCCUUUAUGUAAAGAUUCACAAAUAAAUGUAGAGAGUACUUUUGUACAUGAGGUUAGGAAGAAUGGAAAGAUCAGUGCCAUUUGGCCUGAUAUGAUAAAAAUGAAAUGUGUUGUUGUUGAAACAGUUGACAAUUUGUACAUUGCACCUUUGCCAAAUCCAUUUGAAAGAGACUAAAAAAGCAGUCAUUAGUGAUAUUAUACAUAGUACUAUAGUGUUGUAUUACCAAUCAUUUAUGUUUCAUAAAAAGACUUGCUUCUUUUCCUAUUUGGCUUGAUGAUUUGUAAUGAGAUUUAAAAUUGUAUCUGCUUGUAUAGCUAUCUAUGUUAUUAUAGAAGCCAGUAUGAAUUAAUUCUGUUCCAAUUCUUACACCUGGGAAGAAUUGCCAAUAAAAUCAUUAAAAAUGUAUCUGUUUCUAUGUGGGUUAGUAUCACUGUGUCAAUAUCAUGUUCAGUUACAUGUUUAUUUUAUUUACUCUAUAUGCUAUUCCACCCGAAAGCUUGUUACUAUAUAAACUUGAACAUGUUAGUCUAUAAGACAGUGUGUAAUAUUAUGUUAAAAAGUAUUAAGUAAUAAAGUAAUAAGUAUAAAAGUAAUAAGCUACUCAAUCAAAAUAGUAAGCACAAUUACAAGCCAAGAAUACUUAGAAUACUUAAUUAUACUUUUAAGUAUAUCUCGAAUAGCAAGCAGGCCAAAUAUACUUAGACUUGUCUGUCAGCAUCUGUAAGUCAAGUAUACUUAAGUGCAAUUUGAAGUAUAUUUCUGAGAAGAACAUCUGAAUAGUACAUACAAAGUAGACUGAAA